AUGGCGGAGAAGAAAGACGGUGAGAGCGUCCACGACGUCGCCUCAAAACGCGAUGGCAUCAUCUUGGAAAGCUCCACGCGGGAGAUCACGGUCAUCGAGCACGAGACGGGGUUCUGGCAGGCCGUGGGGCAGUACCCGGCCGCCACCUUCUGGUCGGCAUUCUUCUGCAUCGCGGUCAUCAUGGCCGGCUUCGACGCGCAGAUAAUCACCUCCUUCUACGCGCUGCCCGCCUUCCAGCAAAAGUACGGCGAGCUCGUCACCCACGACGGCAAGGAGUCGUACGAGAUCCCGGCCCGGUGGCAGACUGCGCUGGGCAUGGGCAACCCCAUCGGGCAGGUCCUCGGCGCCCUGGCGAGCGGGUGGUUCAUGGAGCGCUGGGGCCGGCGGGUGCCCCUCGCCGUGUGCUGCGUCUACUCCAUCGUCUUUGUCUUUGUGCAGUUCUUCUCCACCUCCAUCGGCAUGCUGUGUGCUGGUGAGAUCCUGGGCGGUCUGGCGUACGGGUUCUACGUCGUCAUCGCGCCGACUUACGCCUCGGAGAUCUGCCCGCUCGCCCUGCGCGGUGUGCUGACGGCGUCUGUCAACCUGGCGUUCGUCAUCGGCCAGUUCAUCGGCCAGGGCUGCGCGGCUGGUGUUGAGACGCGCCUGGACGAGUGGGCCUACAGGAUUCCCUUUGCUGUCCAAUGGGUCUGGCCUGUCGUUAUCCUUGCAGCGCUGCCGUUUGCCCCCGAGUCUCCGUACUGGCUUAUCCGCCAGGGCCGGAAGGAAGACGCCCGGAAGUCUUUGCUGCGGCUCAGCUCGGCCAAGAAGCGCCCGGACGUCGAGCAGAUGCUGGUCGGGAUCGAGCAGACCGAUUUGCUUGAGCAGGAGAUGGAGUCCACGACGACGUAUCUUGACUGCUUCAAGGGAAGCAACCUCACGAGGACCGAGAUCUCCGUCAUGGUCUACCUGAUCCAGGUCAUUGGCGGCAACCCGCUCAUUGGGUAUGCGAAUUACUUCUUUGAACAAGCGGGCCUGGCCAGCUCCGACGCUUUCAAUAUGGGCGUUGGUAACACGGCCAUGGGCUUUGUGGGAACGGUCAUUUCUUGGCCUUUGAUGGCUUAUUUUAAUCUGGGUCGUCGCACAAUCUACACGUCUGGUAUAGUGGCCAUGACAGUCAUUCUCUUCAUUAUCGGGUUCCUCAGCAUCCCCGUUAAUAACAACGGAGCCAUCUGGGCCAUGGCGUCGAUGAUGGAUGUAUGGACUUUCAUCUAUCAGAUGACCGUGGGACCCAUCUGCUUCGUCAUCAUCUCGGAGAUUUCGGCAACACGGCUGAGGACCAAGACCAUCGCAAUUGGAACGGCCGUGCAGGCAGCGGCAUCCAUCGUGUUUACGGUAGCAAUCCCUUACAUGCUGAACAGCAACGAGGGCAACUGGGGUGGGAAGGCUGGGUUCCUGUUCGGCGGUAUCAGCUUCGUGUGCUUCCUUUGGUGCUAUUUUAGGCUGCCGGAAAGCCGUGGCAGGACGUACGAGGAGCUCGACAUCUUGUUCCAGAGGCGGGUCCCGGCUCGUCAGUUCAAGAAGCAUGAUCUUGUCACGGAGUCUGCGGAGGCAAAGCAGCAUGGCGACCAUGCGUAG